GAUGAAGAUGGGAGGAAGUACGUCCAAAGCCAAAGGCGUCUGGCCUUUCUCAGGCUCAGGGGUUGGAGGUGAUUCAUCCAGUGAUGUUAGCGAACAGUCCGUGGCUCGACUCAAAGGCUCCAGAAGUGCCACACCUUUUGUAUUCACGAGGAGAAGUUCCUUGUACUUCGAUGAGGAUGGAGAUCUGGCACAUGAGUUCUAUGAAGAGACUGUUGUGACAAAAAAUGGCAGGAGGAAGUCCAAGCUGAAGAGAAUUCAGAAGAACCUUAUUCCUCAGGGAGUUGUGAGGCUGGACCACCCCCGUAUUCAUGCAGACUUUCCUGUUAUUCUCUGUGAAGUGUGAGUCACAGCAGGUCUUUCCACCAUGUAGGAUACCCACAGACGUGCUAGUCAAUCUGCUGUUAUGAAUGCUUGUGAGGAGCCACUGGCCAGUUGUUUUGGCUGCAGUAUUUUUGUCAGACCACAGUUUUGGCUCUGCUAGGCAAGAAUGUGGACUUGCGAAGAUGGAACGAGGCCUAGCGAAUAUAAAAGUCAGCUGACAAAAAUGCAAUGUGAACGUAUACACUGCAAAAUGUGAAGGUAGUUGAGCAUGGUGACAUUCUCAAUUUUACAAAUCUGUUAACUUGCGUCUUUUUCUUUUUUUUUAAUGACCCAACACUUUGGCAACCAGUAUGCAAACAUCAAGUAAAGAUGUGCUUCACCUGUUAUACGUUUGCAACAUGAGAAUAUCGUAGAUGUGAAAAGGUUUUAAUCUCUGUGUAAUGUAGCAAAGGGUGUUAGCGUGUGACUGUCUGUUAUGUGUACUUGUGUACAUAUAGGUUUGUGCGAGUGAAAGAAUGAGGGGUGAAAUUAUGAAGUUGUGCUAGGAAUAUGCGUUGUGAUAUUCUUUGUAUAUAAAGUCACAUCCUUGUAAUAUAUUGUCAUGUGUCACGUCUGUUGUUUGGGCUCAGACCUGCACUAGUGAUAUGAUGUAAAUAAUUUAGAGUUUGGAAGACUUGAAUAAAUGCUUUACUCGGAUCAUUGUGUGGAGUAGAUGUAUCUUUUCCUCCUAACCAAAUUGUAUAUUUUAAUUUAUGCUGUCUAUGAAGGCUGGGAAACUAGACUCCAUAAUAGUUGGUCAUCAUGCUAUAUGGAUUUUCAUAUAUACAUUUUAAGUUUAUCACUGGUUUUAGCCCUUGGGUUUCAAUUAAAUGUUUGUCCUAUGGAUGUUCUUGUAGUAUAACACCACUGCUCUAGGGGGCAGCAGAGGCCAGUCAGAUUUCUUCCAUACAUUAUUUUGAUUCAGCAUACUUUAUUUACUUUGGAAUGACAAUUAUGGUCUGACUAAAUGACUUCAUUAUUACAUGCAACAAAUUAAUCUUUUGUCAUGGCAUUAAUAGACAUGGUUGGCAGGAAUUCCUUUUUUGUUUUUGGGUUUGACAUAAAAUCCCUGUGAUUUAUCCCUCUUAAUAGCUCAAGUGCUGUAAGAAUUAUUUUUGUAAAAGAACUUCACAUGUGGGAUAUUCAUAAAACCCUGCAGCAUGAUAAAUUAUUGUAUAUUAUUGUGGUAAGAGUCUUAACGUGUUUGUUGAUAGUCCACAACGGUUGGCUUGGCACCAUUGCUAAAUAAUGAGAAAGAUAAAUUACAUGAGAUUAAUGAUACUCCAUAAUAUAUGGUGCACAGGUAUGAUUCUGUUUAUGACAUUUCUGUAUUCUGUGCCUUUAUCAAAAAGGUUCAAGGUUGUUUUACUCUUUAUCUGGGCGGCUAAGAGACAUUUGCAGUCGCCGUCUGCUACUUGGUUUUGCAAGGCACAAACAUUACAGAUUUGUGUUAUGACAUCACAUGCCUCAGAUGUUGGACGCUCAAUGAAAGUAGAAGGGCACAUAUCACGUUUCCCGGCCAUUGUCUCGGCUUCCUGACGGCUGCAGGGCACGGGACAUCUUGGGGGUCAACAGGAAGUGAAGGCCAGGGGGAA